AUGAUCAUCCCCGUGAAGCUGUCGGCCGAGCAGGCGUUCAUCGCGCUGUUCCAGGUCGUCGCGCAGGGCGACGCCGUGUUCGACAAGUACAUUGCGGGCGUCGAGGGGCCGCAGAAGCGCAGCAUGGGCGACUAUUUCAAGCGUGUGGCGGUGAAGCUGGCGGCCGCGGAGAAGGAGAGGAACGAGGCGGGCGGGGCGGGGCUGGGGCUGAAUAGCGAUGAGGAGGAGGACGUGCGCGAGAUUAUGUGUGUGGGUAAGGUGGAGGUGGGGGGUGUGUGGGAGGGGGAGUAG